CAUCAUUAUUUUCACUAAAAUGCCCACACACUAUCUAUCUCCCUCCGAAAAUCCUUACACAUCUAUAUCCAUUUUCAGGCAGUGUAAGUUGGAUUUUCUAUUUUCUUCACCAUCAGAAUGGCAUCAUACAAUGCUCAUCUAACACUCAUGAUGAUCAUCAUCAUCAUUGCUUUCAUGCCCUCACCUCUUCUUUCAUCAUAUUCACAACAACCUAUUCCCAAAGUUCCCACACUCUCAUCUUCACCAGCAACAUUAACAGACCCUCCUCCAUCUCCACAUCUAUCUUCACUCUCUCCUUUCCAAGAGUUGUCCCCAGACAUUGCUCCACUGUUGCCUUCUCCUGGUGGUGUGUUGCCAACUCCUGCUGCUGGCUCUGACAUUCCCACUAUUCCUUCCAAUCCAAGCCCUCCAAACCCAGAUGACAUUAUUGCUCCAGGACCUCUUUCUGCUUUCUCACCAUUUGGAUCGCCACUUUCUUCCAAUGCCCCUACAACAAGUCUAGUUGCUAGCAUAGCCACUGCUUUUUUUGCUGGUUUAGCAGUAUGCUGGUGUUUGCACUGUAUGAGACUAUGAGUGGUUUUUCUUAUUUGGGAUGUGGCAGAUUCCAAUUAUUAUAGGCUAGAUUCUCUUUUAUUGUAUGCUAAUUUUUCAUUCUUACCUUAUAGUAUAUGAUAAUAAUAUAAUAAUAAAAAUCCAUCUUUCUUUCUUGGUUGGUUUGAGAA